CCUCUGGUGUUUAUUGGUAAUAAUGUAAACAAACGAACAUGUCGUUUUUGUUAUCGCAACACUCAUGUUGUGCAGGUGGUUAAGCGAGCGAAUCUCCAUUUCCUGCAAUGCUGUCAGGGAUCAAGCUGCCAUUCACGUUUGAAGAUGAGGCUUCUAAAGAGAGUCAUGAUCUGAACGUCGAUGGAAGCUUUGUCACAACUGAAGCCACUUUUAUCCAGCCCCAACCUCACCAGGAUUUCACCAUGGACGACUCUACCAGUAAUGCUGCCCACCAGUCGGAGAAGAGGAAAGGUGGGUGGCCAAAAGGGAAGAAGAGGAAGAAGGUGAAGGACACCAAUGCCCCCAAACCACCCCUCUCUGGAUACAUCAGAUUCCUGAAUGAGAGACGAGAGCGUCUUCGCCAGGAGAACCCGUCCCUAACAUUCAUAGAGUUGACACGUAUGAUGGGCUCAGAGUGGUCAAAACUUCCACAGCAUGAGAAACAGAAAUACCUGGACGCUGCCGAGGUGGACAAGGACCGUUACAACAGAGAGAUGGAGGCCUAUCAGAAGACUGAGUCGUAUAAACAGUUCAGGCAGCAGCAGGAGAAAAUGGCUAAACUGGAGAUUGAGAAAGAAAGCUCUGGUGUUGAGGAUGAAGAUGAACCAGACCCGGGCAUGUUUGAGAUUCCAAUCUUCACAGAGGAGUUCCUCAAUCACAAUAAAGCAAGAGAGACUGAGCUUCGGCAGUUACGCAAGCAGACAACAGAAUUAGAAGAACAGAAUGCCAUUCUCGGCAAGCACAUUGAUAACAUGAAACAGGCGAUAGAGAAAUUGCAAGUUGAGGCGAUUCAGCAGCGAAACAACAACAUGGCUCUGCAGGGUCACCUUGAUGCUCUACGGCAGACGCUGACUGCUAACUUUGGCUCAAUUCCCUUGCCAGGUACCAAUGAGAUACCCACGUUGGAGACAAUUGAUAACUACAUGGCUAGGCUACACUCUGUCAUUCUGGAGCAUCCUCAGAAAAACGAGAAGUUAAUAUCACAGGUUCGAGACAUCGUGGGACGUCUCAAUAUCGACAGGUUUGGAAUACCUUCGUUUUGAUGCUCCAGUUAACAACUGUACGUCAGAAUAGAGGUUAGGUUUCAGAAAUAAGCAAUUUUAAUCUGACCAAACAAAUCGAUUCUGGUUGGAAAAAGAUGAUCCCCAGAUUUGUAAUUUCAAUUGGAUCAACCAAAAUAAAUCUGAUCAGAAAAAGACAAUCAUCAGUUUUUUCAAAGGUGUUACCAAUCCCCAUUUGGAGUGUUUAGCUUUAUCUAUCUAUUAUUUAAUAGAAAGCAAAUACAGUAUUUUCACAUAUAACUAAAUAUUUUUCUCUAAUCAUAUAGUUAAGGUAAGGGCAUUAUAAAAGUAUUUCAUGUGUUAUGUGGUCGUUAAAGAAAUAAACUUUUAAUUUGUGUUGGGAAAAUGUGGUUUCGCAUAUUUUUUAUUGAUUAAAGCGAGAUUAUACGAUUUUUUAUAUGUGUUAAAUUGUAAAAUAUUGAUAAAAUAUGUUACAAUAACACAUAAUAGGCAAGAUAAAAUUAUACAUUGAAGACGAAUUUCAUAAAAUGCAGCAAAGACAAAUUAGCGCCCCCGAGCCAAUUGUGACAAAGAUGUUUCGUACAUGUUUUCCUACAAUAACCAAAGUAUUCGUCUUUUUAGUUAGUGUUUAUGUGUCGUAUGAAUAGAUAUUGUUGCAGGAAUUUAAAAUGAACAGUUGAAUUACAUUUAGAUUCACAUUGUACAUGCAUGAUUUACAUGCUGGCGAAUUCGACUGUACAGACAUUUUCGAUUUCAGAAUUAAAUAUCUGGCUUAUUUCGCAUUAUCACUUUUGUUUUAAUUUAUAUUGAAAUAUAUGUUUAUUACGUUUUAACACAUGUUAUAUAAAUUAAUAAAUAUUUGACAAAAUAGUAUAAUCUCGCUUUAAGGUAUCAUAAAUAUUAAAGUUGUUCUACCAUUAGUAUGUUCAUACCUUAUGCAUUAAUAUUUUAGCACAAUGUUUUUUAGGCGAUACAUUAACGUUGUUGGCUCUGCCAUUCUUUUUGUGCAGGAUUAUUAUGCAAAAUUAUUGGAAUUAAAAAAAAAGAAUAAUUCUCAACAAUAUCAUAAUUUUCAGUCUUGGCGAUAUGAACAUUACACCAAAUUGUUGUUCCAAAUAGAAGUGAUUAGUUAAUACAUUUUUAUGAGAUAUCAGGUGUAAGCCUCAUGUGGGGACAUAUAAUUCUAAUUUUUUUUUUUAACAUAAUUCUUUUAUUUAUCAAUGUUUAUGAAUAUGUAUUGGUCAGAACACUAUUUGUAUUUACUUCUGGGCCCAGUCUUUUCAAAGAUUGUAUGGCAAUUGAAGUUAUGACUCAACUUUGAGUUCACCACAAACAUUUACGAGCAAAAGGUUCCUAAAAUCAAGACCAUGUGAAAGAAGGAAAAGAAAACGAACAUGAUAACUGAAAUUUAACAAUUCAAGAAAAGGACUUAAUUGCCAUUUCGAUUGGGCAAGAAUAGGCCCUGGCAAAGCUUAAAUUUGUCAUAAGAUGUUUAAUAAAACCUGCUGUCAUUGUGCAGAAGUUGAACCUGCCAGAUUUGUUAGACAGAAAUUAGUUUUUUGGUGAUAAUGUGAAAUUAGUUUGAUUUGAUUUCACUUAGCUGUGUUUAGGUUGGAGACUUCUUUUUUGUGUGUGUUGUUAAUGAGUUGAGUUGAUUUAAAACGAUACCUUUGUAAAGGUAUAUGGGCAGAUCAUUGAGUAUCUUUUAAGACUAUUUGAUGCAUGUGUUGUAACCCUUUUAUUUGAAAUCCUGCCAAUUUGUUAUAAUGGAGCAUUGAUACAAAUAAUACCUGUUAACAGUGUAAAUGUUUUGCUUAUCAAAUUAAAAACUGGCAUAUUUGA